GAUUCACGGGAUUUCUGCCUCGUCAUUGGUGACGUAUGCGGAAGAGCCGCCGUAAACACCGCCGUUACAAUUUUCAAAAUCUUUGCGGAUGUGUACGGUAUAUAUUUGAUUAUUGCUCCCUUUUUGCUGAAAGAUAGGCAUGGUUUGGCAUUAACUGUUGGUUUGAUUCAACUCCGAACAAGGCAUAAUAUAAACCAGAGAAGGAUUAUUAGGAUUGUGCCGGGAAAAUUUUGAAAAGUGUCGAUGUCAUUGGAGAGAAGGCCAGACUAUCCUAAAGUAAAUUUAAGAAGCUUUUGAGGAUGGAUAAUGAGCCUACAGCCACCAAAGAUGAGGGCUUCCUCUCCAGGAUGGCCCUCAAUGACAACAAGGCGGGCAUGGAAGGUCUCGACAGAGACAAGAUCAAUAGCAUCAUCAUGGAGUCAUCCAAGGGAUCGAAAUUUUAUGAAAACGAGCUGAAGAAAGAUCAGCAGGUGAACCAGCGCAUUGAGAAAAUGAUGCUCCAAAAAGCCCGCAUUACACAGGCACAGCUGAAGAAGGCACAAGCACAGGUUGAAAAGAUGACUUUGGCGCUGGAGAGAAGUCGGGAUUUAAGCCGGGUGAUUGUGCAUGUGGACAUGGACGCUUUCUAUGCUGCUGUGGAGAUGAGAGACUGUCCCGAGUUGAAGACAAAACCCAUGGCUGUGGGAUCUAUGAGUAUGCUGUCAACAUCCAACUACCAUGCUAGAAAAUAUGGAGUUCGAGCUGCCAUGCCUGGCUUCAUUGCAAAGAAACUCUGCUCUGAUUUAGUCAUUGUUCCACCCAACUUUGAUAAAUACAGAGCUGUCAGCGAAGAGAUCCGGGAGAUUUUUGCAGACUAUGAUCCUCACUUCUUACCAAUGAGUCUGGAUGAAGCCUAUCUUGACUUCACGGAGCACUUGCAACAAAGGCAGGCCUGGCCCGAGUCCUUACGUACACAUCGCUACAGCUCCAAGAGCAUCACGACAGCUGAAAAGGAAAAUCCGACCCCUAAAGAUAUAGAAGCAAAGAAGGAGGAGGAUCUUUCUCCAGUUCUAUUUGAGGAAAGUCCAGGUUCCCCGCCUGGCUUGCACGGCUCCAAAGGUGCAAAUGAGGGCUCUGAGUUGUUUGGGACAUGUGUUGAGGAGGCUGUCAGAGAGAUGCGCUUCCGUAUUGAGCAAAAAACAACCCUAACCGCCAGUGCAGGUAUUGCUCCAAACAUGAUGCUUGCCAAGGUAUGCAGUGACAAGAACAAGCCCAACGGACAGUACAGACUCCCCCCAACUAGAGAAGCUGUCAUGGACUUCAUGGAGGAUCUUCCAGUUCGCAAAGUGUGUGGGAUUGGGAAGGUCAGUGAGAAGAUGUUAAACGCUUUGGGAAUCACAAAGUGUUCCCAUCUCGGCCAGCAGAUGGCACUGUUGUCUCUUCUGUUCUCUGAAACUUCCUGUCGGAACUUUAUGGAGGUUUCUCUGGGUCUGGGUUCUACACGUAUAUCCAGACAUGAGGAAAGAAAAAGCAUGAGCAUUGAGAGGACAUUCAAAGAACUGAGUGAUGCAGAGGAGCAGUUUUCUUUAUGCAGAGAGCUCUGCAAAGACCUGGCAGAGGACAUGAAGAAAGAAGGUCUGAAGGGUAAAACUGUUUCACUGAAGCUCAAAAAUGUCAACUUUGAGGUGAAAACCAGGGCACAGACUCUACCGUGCGCCGUUGCUGCAGAGGAGGAGAUAUUUGCCGUUGCCAAGGAUCUCCUGAAAACAGAAAUAGACAAUGAGGGCCCUCAUCCGCUCAAACUGAGGCUCAUGGGUGUUCGAAUGUCGGCCUUUGUCAGCUCGGAAGAUAAAGCGCCAAUGCAGAAGAGCAUUCUGGGCUUUCUUCAGUCAGGAAAGCCAGAGAGCAGCGGAUCCUCUGAAAGGAUGGGAGAACCUUCCCAUAAUCCCUCACAAACAUCACAGCAGAAUGCUACAAGAAAAGAAGAAGUUUUCCCUCAUCGUAGGAAAACAGAGGAAACCCAGAACGGCGGAGAACCCCAACAGUCUUUUUUCCAACGAGCUCAUGCUAAGAGGCUGCAGCUUCUCAUGUCGAGUGUAAACACGCAGGAUGAAGGAUGUGGAGCAGAGGCCUCAGGGAUUCCCUCCAAAGAAAGUGCAGCUGCACUAAACAAGAAUGGAAAUUUAGUUCCACCAGUGUUGGAAAAUAAAGAGUUUCCUGUGGAGGACCGUCCAUCCACAUCUGGAUAUGAACCUCACUCCCAAACUCUGAUUUGUCCUGUGUGCUCCAGCAAAGUGGAGACGACCGAUCUGAACACCUUUAAUAGACAUAUAGAUGUGUGCCUUAAUGUCGCCUCUACAAACCCAAAGAAAUGCGAGCCAGAGUCUGUUCAGGAGUACCUCCAAGAAUGCAGGGAGCUGAACAGACGGCAGAGUGAAGCUGACGAGGAGCAGCCCGUCUCCAGCGGAGUUUGCCCAUGGGGGGGCCAACAUGGCGGCCAGAUUCAAAAGGUUUCCCUGACCCAAAGCGACAGCAAACCCACAACCUCGCAGCAGUGUCAAGGGAAGCGUUCUGACCUUGUUUGCCCCGUGUGUCACCUGACCCAAGAGACGGACGACCUCGCCGUCUUCAAUCGCCACGUUGACCUCUGCCUGAACCAGGAGGUCCUGCACGAGCUCAAAGGACAGGCGGCAUUCUCCCAGAAUCCAUCUGCAGUUAAAAAUAGCCAAAACAUAGCCAGUGGAAAUCUACCAAAGCAAGUGAGCAAAGGCAAAAAUAAGAGACGAGGCUCGCCCUCCUCGCUGCCCUCUAAAAAGCUGAGGAGCCUCGGUCUUUACAACACCAUCGACAAGUUCUUCAGGUGACACUCACCAUGCAGAGCCCCACUUCCUGUUUGGGUGAAGUCUAGAGCCAGCUGGACACGCACUUUAAGGAUGCAAUGGAUUAACACAAGCACUGCAUGCACGGACUGACUCUAAGGCCAUUCUUAAGACUUAUGCAACAUUAGAGAUGAGAGGAUUAUAAAAUAACGAACUAAAUAAUAUUUAUUGAUAAUGUCACCUUUUAAAGUCUUUUUGAUUUUAUGUUUUAUAAAGCUAAUGCUGUUUGAUGAAAGUAAAGUGAUUUUGAAGUUAAUAUUUAUAUCUCAAAUAUAAAAUAAUAUUUUUUAUUUAAUAAAACAAGAGUUUUAUCCUAAAUAGCAGAAAGUGUGAGAUUGCUUUUAUCAUUUAGAUGUUCUGCAUGUUUCCUCCUCAGCUCGAUCAGCUGGGCUGAAAUUGUUAUGGAAUUCUGCAAUCA